GCUUCUUCUCGGGCCUGGACGACGACGACGACGACGACGACGACGACGACGAUGACGACAACGACGAGGCCGUAAACCCCGUUCUCGGAUCGCCAAAAAUUCAUCGUAUCCAUCGCAUCCAUCGCAAAGCAGCGAUGUAGCGUCGCGGUGCCGAGCCGUUUGACAUUCGACCUCUGAGCUGUGCAUCCUCGAACGAACGACGCCCAUUGUCGUCGACCGGAAAGCGCAUCUCCAAGAGCGAAGAAAAUCAGUACAAGGCGCUUGAAUGACUCUUCGAUUGAUGUUUGACAAGCACGAAAGGGAAGCGAUUGCGAGAGGAUCGAUGAGCGAAACCCCUCGGAAGCAGCAGCCGUGAUCGUCGCUUCAAUGGAUGCUUCUUUCAGACGCAUACUUAAGUUCCAGCUGUUGCGGCCGUAGAUACAGUAUCAACGAAUCUGCUCGACCGGAUUACGAUUACAACAAGAUCCCUUUGGAGAUCGGACGUUAUCCCUCUCAAUACAACGAGAGAAAUCCUGUUGACAGAUACGGAUGGCAGACACAAAGUCGACCCUCAGGUUCCAUCGGAAGCGGCGGUAGACCCGGAGGAGGAGGAGGAGGCGGAAGCGGAAUCUACGCAGGAAGUCAGUCAGGAGACAGGUAUCCAUUGCGUCCAGUGUACGGAAGUGAAAGUGCUAACAGACCUAGCGCUUUGGGAUACGGCUCGGGGAACUCCGGAGGAUAUAGUUAUGGUGUUAGUAGUCAUGGGGGCUAUGGCAGGCCGUCUGGAUACGGAGGUUCGAACGGCGGUUAUGGUGUUUCGGGAACAUUGGCCGAUGGUGACGAAUUCGGUCCUGGUGACUCGGCUUAUCCGGAUGGAAGUGUGCCGCAGCAUCCCGGAAAUCUUCACGCGCAAAAGGCCGUAGCGUUAAAGGCUCUAGCUGGUGUUGCAUUGAUCGGAGCAGCAGCGGCGUUAGCUUCAAAUCCGGUUCUCCUACCAAUUGGCAUCGUAAGUGGAAGGAGGAAAAGAUCGGAAACUUUCUUAGAGGACACACAAACCGACUAUCAAAUGGAUUACAUUUUGAACAUGUUGAAGAAAAAUUUGGCCAAGAUACAAAAAGACAGCUCGACCAACAGAUUGAUCGUUUCACCGAGAUGUGUCGCCAGGUUGACUUGCGAAAUCCAAAAGGAUUAUCUGUCCAAUCUCGACGAGGACGUCGAAAUCUUGAAUGCUAAUCGGAAGUAUCAUCUUACCAAUCUAAUACGAAAUAACGUGCUUAAUGUCGCUUCUGUGAGCUCAAACGUGAAGGAUUUAAUCAAACUAGCAAUCGGCGUCGCGACGGAAAACAGAAAUUGCAAUAUGUUUGCUUGUAAUUAUAUAAGGCAACCUUGAAUAAUUUUUUUUUUAAUAUUUCAACCAUAUAAUUAUAUCACACUUAUCCAAUAUUAUUUGAUAAAAAAAAUGCAUGUGCGUAUAAAGAAAUAAAAUCUCCUUGUACGAUGGUAGCGUA